AAUGAAGUAGUACAAGAGAGGACAUGAUCAAAGUGGAAAAACAUACCAUUUCUCUCCUCCGUUCUUCCCACUGCACUCCCUCUCUUUUCCGAACAAACGCAGCGUAGAAGCAAUGAAACCGUCACAACCACACUCCACAUUUUCCCCCACACUCUCCAAACGCAUCCUCCAUCCCCUUCUCCACCUCCGCCUCUUGUUCCUCUUCGUUCCCACCUAAACUAAACCCCCCUCACUCCUCUCUUUUCUUAUUAUUUUUUUAAUGAUGUCUGAAUCCCUUCUCUGCCUCUUAACCGAGGACCUCCUUGUCCGAGUCCUUCACCACCUCCACUCCGACGCCGACCGAAAAUCAUGGCGACUCGUCUGCAAACACCUGAACCGGGUCGAAUCCCUCACCCGAACAACCAUUCGGAUCCUCCGGAUCGAGUUCCUGCUCGCUCUGCUCCAAAAAUUCCGCAACAUUCAGGAACUUGACCUCUCCCUCUGCCCGCGGAUCGACGAUGGAGCCGUCAAGGUUAUGCUGAGUCAGGGAUCGCCCGGUUGGACUCGGGGGCUUAAGAGGCUGGUGCUGAGUCGAGCCACCGGUUUGGGCCACUCGGGUCUGGAACAGCUGGUUCGUGCGUGUCCCUUGUUGGAGGCCGUUGACGUGUCGCAUUGUUGGGGUUUCGGUGACAGAGAGGCUGCGGCCAUUUCGUGCGGCACGAGGUUGAGGGAGGUGAACAUGGACAAGUGCUUGGGUGUCACUGAUAUUGGGUUAGCCAGGAUCGCUGUUGGUUGCAGCAGAUUAGAGCGCCUCAGCUUGAAGUGGUGCUUUGAGAUUUCUGAUCUUGGCGUUGACCUUCUUUGCAAGAAGUGCUUCUAUUUGAAAGUUCUCGAUGUCUCGUAUCUCAAGGUUACAAGCGAAUCUUUGCGAUCAAUAGCUUCUCUAUUAUAUCUAGAGGUUCUUGUUAUGGUGGGCUGCUCUUUAGUGGAUGAUGUUGGAUUGCGGUAUCUUGAAAAUGGAUGUCCACUUCUUAAGACGAUUGAUGUAUCACGGUGCAACUGUAUUAGCUCCUCUGGCUUAAUAUCUCUAGUUAGUGGACAUGUGGAUCUUGUACAGAUAGGUGCAGGAUACUGCCUCUCUGAACUUUCAGGACCUCUUGUUCAUUGCUUGAAGAAUUUAGAGCAGCUGAGCGCAAUUAGAAUUGAUGGUGUUCGAGUUUCUGACUUCUUCCUCCAGACCAUAGGGAAAAACUGCAAGUUUAUAGUGGAGCUUGGUUUAAGCAAAUGUAUUGGUGUGACCAACAUGGGUAUUUUGCACCUAGUAUCCGGUUGUGGCAGUUUGAAGAUACUUGAUUUGACUUGUUGUCGCUCCAUCACUGAUGCAGCCAUCUCUACAAUAGCAGACUCUUGUCCGGACCUUGUCUGUCUUAGGUUAGAGUCUUGUGACAUGGUGACUGAGAAUUGUAUUUAUCAUCUUGGAUCGAGUUGCUUGCUGCUUGAAGAACUUGAUCUUACUGAUUGCUCUGGCAUCAAUGACAUUGCACUUAAGUACCUAUCUGGGUGUUCAGAACUCGUAAGAUUGAAGUUAGGAUUGUGCACAAACAUAUCAGACAUUGGAUUGUCACAAAUUGCUUAUAAUUGCCGAAAAAUGGCUGAACUUGAUCUCUAUCGAUGUGUAUAUAUUGGAGAUGAUGGGCUAGCAGCACUUGCAAGUGGAUGUAAGAAGUUGAUGAAGCUUAAUGUGUCGUAUUGCAAUAGGAUCACAGACAAAGGGAUGGAGUAUCUCAGCCAUCUUGGUGAAUUAUCGGAACUGGAGAUGCGUGGGCUUUCAAACGUCACAAGCAUUGGUAUAAAAGCUGUUGCACUGAGCUGCAAGAGACUGGCCGAUUUAGAUUUAAAACAUUGUGAAAAAAUAGAUGAUUCUGGUUUCUGGGCCCUUGCUUUUUACUCACAAAACCUGCGGCAGAUAAACUUGAGCAACUGCAAUGUGUCAGAUGUGGUGUUGUGCCUGAUGAUGGGAAACUUGAAACGCCUUCAGGAUGCAAAACUGGUGCAUCUUUUUAAAGUCACUGUAAAAGGGGUGGAACUUGCCCUUAGAGCUUGCUGCGGCCGCAUCAAGAAGGUUAAACUACAUAGUUCUCUGCGGUUCUUGAUUUCGCCGGAAAUACUUGACACGUUCCAAGCACGAGGGUGCAAGGUCAGAUGGGAUUAGCCAUGCUAUUAAUCCGUCAUCAAGGCCAAGAUAAAUUAAUGUAUUUUGCUUGCUUUUCUUGGAAAACAAGGCACCAAAGAGGCCUUCGGUUCAAUGAUUUUGUAAAUUUCUCUUGUAUGGACCUACUCAAAUAAGGUGGUACAAAUAAUACUUCUGUUAGGUUACAUUGACGGGUUUAA